AUCAUCGUUGUCGUCAUCGUCGUCGAUUUUUACCAAACAAGCAAACAAGCGUUGAUUGAUAAGCUGCUCUCUCUUUACGGAUAUAUCUUGAGCAUUUUGAGAGCGUUUAAAAUGCAGUCCGGGGUCGCGGACCGACACGGGUCCCCCAGCAAGAGGACUCUUGCCCGGGGGAUGAGCGAGGACGAGUCCCUGCGCAUCAUCAUCUCGGAGACGGAGACCCCAUCCCGGCGGCUCGCCCGCAGCGACAGCCGAAGCGGAACUCUUAAGAGGAAGAGUGGAAGUCAGCAGUGUGAUCAGGACAUUUUCAAGACCCUGCCUGACGUGAUGGAGCUGCAGGCCAGCUACGAGGAGGUGGUGCAGGAGCGGCGGGGCCUGGAGCUGGAGCGAGAGGCGCUGCUGUUCCAGGUGGACGUGCUGCAGGACUCCCUGGAGAGCGUGGAGGAGCUGCUGGCCGAGGCGCACCGGGAGGCCGGCCAGGCCCGCACGGAAGCGGAGCUGGGGAGGAUGACCAAUAGGACGCUGGAGGACAAAGUCAGAGCGCUGACGACUGAAGUGGAGCGACUGAACGAGGAGAGGGACGCCCUAGCUACCCUUCAGAAACACGCGCUCAUUCUGGAGGAGGCAAAGGCCUACAGCACCCUGGACCAGGAGGCACCCAGCACCCUGGAACAGGAGGCACCCAGCACCCUGGCCCUAGCACCCAGCACCCUGGCCCAGGCCCCCAUCACCCAGGCCCCAGCACCCAGCUCUGAGGAGCCCUGGUCCAGUCCUCUCCAGAAGCUGGCGGACAUCACCCUGUCCAAGAUGAGCACUCUGGCACUGGUGGACCCCCGCCCCCCCGAGGGGGUGCGGGGACGGCCGGACGGGUGGCGGCUGGAGGAGGAGGAGGACGAGAGGAACAACGACACAGACAGCGUGGGGGCCUACGAGGACGCCUCGGCCGACACGCCCGACCUCGACCCCCAGGCCUUCCCGGGGCCCGGGGAGGACGACGACGACGACGACGAGCGGGACGGGGGGGAGGAGGAGGAGAGGGGGGGCGGGACGGACCCCAGGGACCCCAAGGACCAGGACCCGAACAGCUCCUGCGUUCUGUCUUAAGGCUUAAAGUGUGUGUCUCCAGAUGGGUCCUGUGUGUCUUCUGGAGGUUCUGAGGGCCCCACUGCGCCCCCCCCC